AAACAUUUCUCACGAUUUAAAAAUCAUCAUUCUGCUGUUUUUUCAUUUAUAACUGUCCAAUUACUAAUACAAUCAUUAGUUCAUUACACCUGCUCUGUAAACUCCAAUUACACUGAAUUUUUAACUAUUAAUCCAGAUCAUACAAUACAAUCGACUUCUGCAAAACCCUAGCUCCUCAUCAAUGGCGGCGAGACGCGAAAUUAUCGAAUCACUCUACUCGAUGAUCUCACUCGUGUUCAUACUCGUCGCUUGCGUCGAAAUCUGCGACGCCGCCACCGUCGUCGACGUUUACCGCCUCAUUCAGUACGAUAUUGCCGGCGAACAGUUCGGAUCGCGAUUGGCGUCACUCAAUCAUCACGCAACGUCGUUGUUGUCGCACAAUACGGAUCUCUCGAGGACUGUUGUUAUACUUCCUGUCCGUGAUCUGAAUCUCACUUUUAUUAAAGAGUGUAUUGGGCAGAAAAAGCCAUUAGGAGGUUUGUUACUCAUGCUUCCUCAAAUAUUUAGUUCUGAGAACAAAGAUGGUGUGGAAGACGACCCGAACUCUGAAAAGGAGCUAAUCAGAAUCCAAUUGACGGAGCUGGAGCGGUUACUUAUACAUGCCAACAUCCGUUAUCCGGUCUAUUUUGCUUUUGAGGAUGAUGAUAUUGAUGCUGUGUUAGCUGAUGUCAAGAGGAAUGAUGCUACAGGUCAGCCUGCAACUGCAACAACUGGAGGGUACAAGCUUGUUGUCAGUGUACCUGAACCUAGGAAAGUUGCAUCUCCUGCUAUCACUAAUAUUCAGGGAUGGUUACCUGGACUGAAAGCUGAUGGAGAUUCAAACCAACUCCCAACUAUUGCCAUAGUGGCCUCAUAUGACACGUUCGGGGCUGCACCUGCAUUGUCAGUGGGAAGUGACAGCAACGGCAGUGGUGUUGUGGCACUCCUUGAAAUUGCUAGGUUAUUCUCACUACUGUAUUCAAAUCCAAAAACUAGAGGGAGAUAUAAUCUUCUCUUUGGGCUGACAUCUGGGGGACCUUACAACUACAAUGGAACACACAAGUGGCUUCGCAGUUUCGACCAACGCUUGCGGGAAAAUAUUGAGUAUGCUAUUUGUCUUAAUAGCAUUGGUUCAUCGGGCAAUGAUUUAUGGCUCCAUGUUUCUAAGCCUCCAGAAAAUGCCAACAUAAAGCAAAUUUUUGAUGGAUUUUCUAAUGUGGCAGAAGAGUUGGGACUCAAAGUUGGCCUUAAGCACAAGAAGAUAAACAUUUCAAAUCCUCGAGUAGCUUGGGAGCAUGAACAAUUUUCAAGGCUGAGAGUUACGGCAGCAACACUUUCUAAGCUUCCUGCGGCACCAGAAUUGCUGGAAAGCACUGGAGGCCUAUCGGAUAACAGACAUUUUACCAGUGAAGCUGCAGUUGCACAGACUGUAUCAUUAGUUGCUGAGAGUCUUGCGAGACAUGUUUACGGCCAGCAAGGAAGAAAUAUUAAAGUAUUUGAAGAGAAUAGUAGUUUAGCAGUUCAGCCAUCAUAUAUACAAUCGUGGUUGCACCUUUUGUCCACCACUCCUAGGGUAGCACCAUUUCUUUCAAAGAACGACCCAUUCAUCAUGGCAUUGAAAAAGGAAUUAGCAGAUCAUACUGUUGAGGUUAAUGUGCAACAUGAAGUACUAGAUGGGAUUUUUACCUUCUAUGAUUCCACAAACGCUAAGUUGCACAUUUAUCAGGUUGCCAGUGUGACAUUCGAUUUACUUGUAUUGCUAGUGUUGGGGUCCUAUUUAAUCGUCCUUUUCAGUUUUCUUGUUAUAACAACCAGGGGUCUUGACGAUCUUAUCAGUCUAUUUCGACGUCCUCCUUCACGGAAAGUAAAAACAGCUUGAAGGUUAAAAGGUGACAUUGACAUUAUUAGCCGUUUCUUCCCGUGGUUAGAUGUGGUUCUACACCUGGACCCAAGUGAGCAAAUCUAUGUCAUGGCUUUUUGUCGCUUGGUAGGCUACUCUGGUUACACUAAUCACCAUUUUGGAAGUAAAGCUUAGUUUUGCAUCAAUUGUAAUCCGGAUAUACAGUUUCUGUUAGAGAGUUUUGACUUGCAAGGACACUGUCAUGAUACAUUAAUGUAAUCUUUUUUGGGCUUAGGGCUCUCUUAGUCAUGGGUAAAGGCUGUUGGGUGCUCAGCCUUGAGUCUUACAUGUUGACCUUGGGUGAACAUUUCAGUGUAAAAUUUUAAUACCAAAGUUGUAGUUUAAUUUAUA